AUGGGGUCCGAACUCGGCAUCACCCCCGACUCGAAGCCCCAGGCAGUCUACACCCCCGUGGCUAUCUGGUGGGCUGCUUGGGCUGGUAUCUGGACCGUUGCCGUCUCUUUAGGCAUGGCCUAUCUCAUCGUGAAUCGCGACUCGCCCGUUCUUCGAAUUCGAGGUAUUGGUCUUUCAUUAUCUGCCAUCGUUUUAUUACAUCUAUACUGGGGCUGCUGCCAGUUUGGCGUCAUGAUCGGGCCACUGAUGCCCGGCGACGUCCAGUUCUGGGUUAUGGGCACUUACCUUCCUUGCGGCAUUGGGCUGUUCCACGCGGCGAACAGCCGCUUCCUGCAUGUGGCCAAAUUGCAGAAAAAGUAUGCCGACCAUGACAGUCGCCAGAGUGUUGAUUCUCCUCCGGAGUUGGAGAAGGGCAAGGAAAAGAAAGGAUUGCCGGGAAGGUUUAAAAGCCUCGACUAUACCACUCGGUCGUUGAUUAUUGUUGGGAUUUCGGUGUUUGUGCAGAUUUUUCUUCUUGUCUUGAUGUAUAUCAUCUCUCGCAAGUGGCACUCGUCUUGGGGAAUUCCUGGUACCGAGGUUCACGGCACGCCGAUGGAACAGGCGACGGAGCAGGGUCGAGGAUGGGAGUGGUGGCCGAGUGUGGUUUACCAGUUUGUAUGGGCUUGGAUUCUGGCCCCUUACCUUCUAUGGAAGUCUCGCAACAUCCGCGAUACCCAGGGCUGGCGAGUCCAAACGAUCGGAUGCUGUCUCUCCAGUCUCCACGGCACUCCCAUGUGGCUCAUCGGCCUCUAUGUCGAUGGUAUGGCACCGGUCAACGCGGUUUGGAUUCCUCCGCAAUGGAUCUGUCUAUCCAUCGUCUUUAUCGAGAUUUUCACCGUCUUCCUCCCCUGCUGGGAAGUAAUGCGGCACCAAUCCCUUCGAAAAGAAACCCUCGACGCUAUUGCACAAUGGGAGGCUAAAACUAAAGGCUCCGGUGCUGAAGCGAAAUCCCUCAGUUCCAUCUCCACAAUGGUCGACUCGAUGAUGUCCGGCUGGAAAUCCGCUCACGGCUCCGUCACCACGACCUCUAGCAACCGCGACAGCAUCCUGACCAUGGGCGCGCUCGAAUACGUGUUACAGCGCAACCCAGCACCCUUGCAACAAUUCUCCGCCCUGCACGACUUCUCCGGCGAGAACAUCGCUUUCCUCACCAGCGUCGCCGAAUGGAAGGGAUCCCUGCCCAAACCCUCCCCUCCGCCGUCGAACAAGAACGGCACCCUCGACUUCCUCACCCCAUUUGACUCCUCUCCCGCCGGUCAGGACAAGGACAAAGAACUCGUCCACGAGCGAUUCAACCGGGCCCUGCACAUCUACGCCAAGUUCAUCAGCGUCCACCAUGCCGAGUUUCCCGUGAACAUCUCGUCUCAAGAUCUGCGUAAGCUCGACGCCAUCUUCGAGCAUCCCGCGCGCAUCAUGUACGGUGAACAUAAAGAAAAAGUCGACCCCGCGACGCCCUUCGGCCCGCCUCCGGGCUUCGGGUCCUUCGAGCCCCCACCAUCCCCGACGGCAACCGAAUCCUCGCAAAAGGCCUUCCGCUGCUCAGUGUCUAUCAUCGGCGACCGUGUCCAGUACUGGGGCGACGUGCCGGAUAACUUCGAUGCGACCGUCUUUGACGCCGCGGAGAACAGUAUCAAGUACCUGGUGCUGACGAAUACGUGGCCCAAGUUCAUCAAGAGUCGACGUGAGUCGGCGGGUUCAUCUGAGACUGCUGCGUCGAGGGACCCGGACGUCGAGCUUGGAGAUAUGGGUGGGAUGCGAGAGGAGGGUCGGUAG